AUGGUUCUUACAGCGAACGAUGAUGUCUGGCUGGAGGGAGAGGUGAUGCAGUGGGAGCAGCAAGAGCGGUCGGGGAUGCAGAAGCUUCGCGAAAGACGCCUCGCGAAAAUAGCCGCAAAAGCAGCGGCUGCUGGCGUCAUUAGGACCUCAGCCAUCCGUCCGCCCUGGGCAGGCGGCACGCUCGGACGCAAAAUCCCAUCCGCUGCCCCCUGGUCACCCUUCAGCCGAAACGUUUCCGCCGCGGCUGCCCGAGCCGCCCGGCCGUCGCAGGCAGCGCCUGAACCAGCGAUCGACGAUGAGCCGGAUUUCCAGGACGAGUGGGCCGACGUGCGCGCUUCGUUCGACCUCACCCUGGCGGAGUACCGAAAGACGUUGAAAACCCGAUCGCCCAAGAUCCGAGAGACACCUAACCCGCUGAAACACUUCGUUCCGCGCCUGGCUGCUGACGUGGACGCGGCGGCGACGGACGCGCAGAACCUGGCGGUGGCGCCGGCGGCGGUCGCGGGAGCAGCGACGGGGCCGUGGGAUAGGCCGAGCCACCCAGGAGCAGCGGAGUGCGAGGACUGCCGCGAGGCGGAGCAACGGGCGACCGUGGCUUACCUGCUGAACCAGCGGGGGUACGACGCUUGCCGGCGAGUGACGGAGUGGGUGUAUUCCCGCGGCAUCCCCUCAGGCGAGUAUGAAUUUGUGGAGGUCGGCGUUCCUCCCGCCAGUGGCGCUCUCUCACCCUCGCCCCAACCAACCAAGCCACAACACCUCGUACAGCCGCAUCACCAGCAGCAGCAAACACCAAGCUCAGGAAAAGCAAACUCAAAGGACAAACCACCUGUACAGCAGGACCAAAAGCAGCAGGUAGUAAUAGUGGACAUAACCUUUCGCGCGCAGUUCACACUCUCCCGCCCAACCCCCGAGUACCAGGCGCUAUGGUCCGCCAUCCCCAGGGUUUUCGUCGGCACGCCCGCCAUGCUGCGCAAGCUGCUUGCGCUGCUCAUCGAGGCCAUGCGCCGCGAGGCGGAGGCGGGGGACGCGUGGUGCGGCGCAUGCAGCGGAAGCAAGUCAGGCGCGGAAGCCGUGACGGGCGGCGGGGAGAGCGGAAGCGCACCCCCCGCUACUACUAAGCCAAUAGCAUCAGACUGCAGCAGUAAGGAGGCGGGCCUCUUAAAGAUAGCGGGAGCAGCUGCGACUACAGCAGGGGAGAGCGGAGUCGCCGUAGCGAAUCCCGCCGUGGCCGUUCCCCCAUCAUCUCCGAGAUUCAUCCCGGUAGAUGCUGCGUUAUUGUCAGACCUGGCUACAGCCAUAACUCGGCGACUGCCGAGCAGCACGGGCAUUCGCAAGCAGCAGCAGCAGGGCCAGCAGCUGUCCGCGUCAGUAGCAGCGGCGCGGCAGCAGCAAGGAUUCGACCUCGGACGGGGCGCAGGCAAGCGCAGCUCCUCGAACAGCAGCAGUGCAGUAGUCCUAACGCCGGACAAUGCUCCUAGUAAUCAUGAUGAGAGUGACGGAGCGCCGUUCUGGGAGCUGCUGUUGCCUGCUGGCUCCACCAUCACCCCCGCCGCCGGCCACGCGGAGGUGAACGCGGCGUUGUUCAUGCGCCAGCGCAGUGUCGGCGCGCGCAACAAUUCCCCCGCCGCCGUUAGCGCGGCAAACUAUCGUUCUCCUACUAGUAGCGGAAGCGCGUUUCAGGGAGGUGCUACCACCAGCGACGCCUGUGGCACGAUGAGUGCGGUAACCACUGGUCCAAUUUCCAUCGCCAAUCGCAGCAGCCGUGUUCGCAAAGCCGGUCUGCUCAGCCUUCAGCUUCGAGCCUCGUCCGUUCCUGACAUACGAAACGGGUCCAUGCUCCAGGUGGGAGCCCGGGUAGCGGGUCGACCAAGCUAG